GUUUACUGCCAUGUCCUCCACAUAUAUGUGGUCGGUCUCUCCUCCUCCAAACCUUCCAGCAAAGCUCCGGAGGAAAAGUUCCUCAACCUCUUUAAACGCGUCAUCGUUAUUCGAGCCGGAUGACAAUGAUCUAGACUCUCCGUCACCCGUGACAUCUCCGUUACCCUCGUCCUCACCGCUUUCGACGCCGAUAUACUCUUCUCCUCCAAAUAAUAUCGCCACUCGUUAUUCACACUCGCAUUCACAAUUUCAAAGUUCAUGUGAAGAAUCUCACUCAGAGUUUGAUGAUAUCCUGGGUUCACCAACGCCCUUCUAUCAUCGAGGUCGCACUUCCAAGUAUAUGACCCACCAGCAUGUGUCCGACAAGUACGGAAGUUAUCUUGACAGUGAAGAUGAGAUGGCGGAUUCUGAGCCUUGUCAUAGCGAUGACUUACUCGCUUGGCUUGGCCCGCGUUCUCCGGCACAUGAUGCCCAGGAAGACCUUGGGUACGACCCCGAAAGCAUGGAUAUUCAUUUACGCCGGACAUACUUUGCUACGUCUUCCGAACGUGGUCGCUGGCAGAACAGUCCAGUCAUACCUCGAAUGUACAACACCAAGCCGUUUACGUCCAGUCCAAUACGCCCCCACAGGGGGCAUUCAACCCCUGUGAAAAGCAUUACGCGGGACGCGAAGUCCCCUUUGUUGGAAUUCCGUAACUUUGUCCGCAGGCAAUCGACGAGCGGAGUAAAGGACGAUCCUUCUAGCUCCCCGUUCCUUGCAGCCAGCGACAGCAAUGAUAUCGAGGACUAUCGUAGUCUUUCGCCCCUUCCUCCGUCAUCUCCACCUACUUCCCCGAUGUCACUAGCACUGUCGCACCCAGAUGAUUGUGCCUUAAUCGAUGAUGAUAUGGUCCUCAACGAUAAUUGCAAUUCAGAUCACUCUGAUGCCAAGCAACAAAACAUCCAUUCUCUGAACGUCACGUCACAUGACAUUUCUACUUCCGAGUCCGAGGCAUCAUUACUAUUAGCCUCGGAACAUGCGUUAAACGCAGUCUCAACCGCAUGCCCCUCUUCCUGUACGAACGAGGCAACUCACGAGCCUCUCAAACUUUCGCUUCCUGUGCCUACCCCCAUUAACACUAUUACCACGACUUCCACCAUUGAGAUCGAGCCUUCGCGAUCGUAUCCGCAUUCACCUACAAAUUCGUCACUAGGGCUCAGCGCAUACACUAAUAUUCCAUCCGCCAUCACUCCGCCGCCUCACCUGAGUGAAGAAGAAAUGGGGCUUACGGCCACAAAUACGACAAUCCCACGUUCUCCCUCGAAGACGGUGAAGAAGCCACGGCCAAGUUUUAGUGACGGGGAGUUUGUGCAGGGGAGCAGCGUGUCACAGCUGCAGCCCCAGACUGCUUGCAGGAGCAGCAGCAUGUUACGUCCCAAAUCUCCAGACAAAGACGUCGGUUUAAUGAAGGAGCCGUCAAGGCCCCAGCCUGAGCCCAAGUUGAAACAAGGACUGAAGCGGGAGGACUCCGUCUCAUCUAUCACACCUGCACAGAAGAAACCUCGACUCUCAGAGGGUGUGGACCGUGAUACGCACCAGGCGCCUCGGCGUAAACAACGCCAAC